ACUUUGAAAUGCACCAAUUUGAUUCCGCGUUUCGCGCGAUCGGCGUUGUGAAAAAAUAUUUCCAAUAGCUGAAGUCGAUGUAUUUUUUUUCGAAGUACCCUGUUUUUCCACAAUUUAUUUUUAUUCGCAUAAUUACUUAUGUAAACAAGUGAUUAGCAGUGUAUUGGAGUGUAUCUACCAUACAAAAUGUUCAUAGAAAAAGUAUAUGGUUUAAGCGCGACAAACAUAAGCCUGAACGAUCGGUUCACAAUGUUAGCUGCAGUAGUUCCAGAACGUUUGAUACGUACGAGGAAUCCGCAGGCAAGAAGAAACAUCGGCAAUAUUUUAAAUCAAAACCUUAACUUUGACGAUGAAGAUCUCAUAGAACAGAUAGCUAGAAAGAUACAACAAGCUAAAAGGCAAGCAAUAAAACAGCGUCUCAGAAUGAAUAUUCAGCGUCAACAGUUUGCCAGUGACAACAACAUGCCUGCUCUGAGGCGCGCAAACAGCUUCAGCAGCUUAAAUGGAAAGCAAAAUAUAAAAAACAGAGUGUUCUGGCAAAACUCUAAUAAUAAUUUAAGUCGUUCUGCAUCAUUUAACAAUCUAUCUCAAGGGAACAUUUUUGGGCAAGCAUUCCGACGUCGAGGCAGGGGAGUGGGUACACCCAGAAGUAGAUUACGUGGCGGUAUGCAGUUGCUGCGGGGGCUGGGCCGAGCGGCCAACAAGCCGCACACACGCACUCAGCGCAAACAGAACGGACGCAGAAGAACGCGCGGACGAGGCAAAGGUGGUAUUACAAGGAAUCAAAUGAAUGUAAAGAAAGUGCCAACAAAAGAGGAAUUAGACGCCCAACUGGACCAGUACAUGGCCAGCACCAAGUCAGUGCUGGAUAAGGAAUUAGACAUGUAUAUGAAGAAUGCAAUGGAAAUAGAUUGUGACAGUGUUUAGUGUAAAAAAAACUGAAAAUUUCUCCACCAAAGAUAUAAACAGUGUAAAGUGUGUGAAAAUUAACCUCAAGUGAUUUAUCUACUGUCUACUAUCUACCUAUAUUUAAUAUUAAAGUGCAUUCUUGAUAUAUUGGAGAAAAAUACUAAAAAUUUACUAAGUUUUCAAGUUAAGAAGUAUUUGACGGGGGAUUCUAAGUAGGUAUUAUCUUGUGUUUUUUGUAGUCUGAUUUAUUUGCAAGUAUAAAUAAAAUAGCUUAUGUUUUGAGUUACAAAGUCUAAAUAAUUUGACAUAUCGAGUAUUUGGGUGUUUUCUUUUUAAUUUCUUAAGGAUUACAACUUUACAAGGUUUGUGUUAAGGACUCCUUAUAAGUUUUAUACAAUUAUGUAGAUCUGUUAAGUUUGCAAAUAUGACAUUAGUAAAUAUAACAAAUGUCCAUAGAUAUGAUACCUCUAGAUGGAGCAUCUAACAUAUGACAUUUAAAAGUAUAGUAAAACUUGUAAUGUUG